AUGGCCAUGCGAUACCUCACCUCCAAGCUGGCUCAACAAAUCGACGAGGAGUUGAUGGGCACCGUCGGCGCGUUCAGCAUCGACCAGCUCAUGGAGCUUGCAGGGCUGGCGUGCGCCCAGACCCUUGCGACGGUGUAUGGCAAGGAGAAGUACCCGCGCGUGCUUGUGUGCUGCGGUCCGGGCAACCAGGGCGGCGAUGGGCUGGUCGCCGCACGACACCUAGGGCUAUUUGGUUACAGGCCAACGAUCUGGAUGCCCAAGCCGGGCUCCAAGGACAUUUACAAGCGGCUCAAAACGCAAUGCGACAACAUGAGGAUCCACGUCAUUCCGCCGUCACAGGACACCCAACCCCUCAAAGACGCACUGGCCUCUUCAGACGUGAUUCUCGACGCGAUCUUCGGCUUCUCCUUCAUGCCACCCGUUCGCGCGCCUUUCGAUGCCGCGCUUCCGCUCAUCGCGGGCUCAGGACUGCCCAUUGUCUCCGUCGAUGUCCCAUCCGGGUGGAAUGUUGACGAAGGCAAGGCCGACGCAUUGGCACUAGACCCAGAGGUGCUGAUAAGCCUCACGGCACCAAAGGAGGGGGUGCGGAAGUACAAGGGUCGACACUUUCUCGGGGGCCGCUUCGUGCCGACAACACUGGCGGAGAAGUUCCAGCUCAACCUCCCAGAAUAUCCCGGCAUUUCUCAGAUCGUGGAGCUGCCUCUGGCGGACGAAGCCCAGAAGCUUUGA